CAGCCCCAAGAGGAGGCGCACGGCGGACGCGCGACCCUGCGAGAGCGGGGCUCAGGCGCAGCGCGACCCCGCUGGCCGGGCGGGGCGCGCACGUGUGUAUACGAGUGCGGGGGCCCGUCAGCGGCCCGGACUACAAGUUCCAGGGUGCCCAGCGGCGCGCCUGGGUUUCCUGGCCGCGCGGCCCGCUGGCUCCUGAGCAGGUCGCCGCGGGUUGGCACGCGUCACCUGGUUCCCGAGUAAAUAAGGGAGAGACUCCCCGAGCACCGUAAAUAGAGUCCAAGUGGGCGGGGAGCCGCCCCGCGCCGCCCGCUCAUGUCUCUGCAGAGCCGAGUGUCCGGCCGCCUGGCACAGCUGCGCGCGGCGGGGCAGCUGCUCGGCGCCCGGCGCCCCUGGUCCGGCCCCUCGGCGGGUGCCACGCGGACCCGCAGCACUGCGUGCGGUCCCCCGGCCUCCCUGGGCGCGUACGACCCGCGCGCGCGGACCCUAGCGGGAGUUGGGGCUUGGGGGGCGGCGGCGGUGGGGCGGAGAGCCGGGGUGCGCACCUGGGCCCCCCUGGCCAUGGCGGCGAAGGUGGACCUGAGCACCUCCACCGACUGGAAGGAGGCAAAAUCGUUUCUGAAGGGCCUGAGUGACAAGCAGCGGGAGGAACAUUACUUCUGCCGGGACUUCGUCAGGCUGAAGAAGAUCCCGACGUGGAAGGAGGCGGCAAAAGGGGUGACCAUGAAGGUGGAGGAGCCCAAGUACAAGAAGGACAAGCAGCUCAACGAGAAGAUCUCCCUGUUCCGAGGCGAUAUCACCAAGCUGGAGGUGGACGCCAUCGUCAACGCCGCCAACAGCUCCCUGCUCGGAGGCGGCGGCGUGGACGGCUGCAUCCACCGGGCCGCCGGACCCCUCCUCACCGACGAGUGCAGGACCCUUCAGAGCUGCGAGACCGGCAAGGCCAAGAUCACCUGCGGCUAUCGGCUGCCGGCCAAGUAUGUCAUCCACACGGUGGGACCCAUCGCCCACGGAGAGCCCAGCGCCAGCCAGGCUGCCGAGCUCCGCAGCUGCUACUUGAGCAGCCUUGACCUGCUGCUGGAGCACCGGCUCCGCUCGGUGGCGUUCCCCUGUAUCUCCACAGGAGUGUUUGGCUACCCCAACGAGGCGGCGGCCGAGGUAGUGCUGACCACGUUGCGCGAGUGGCUGGAGCAGCACAAGGACAAGGUGGACCGGCUGAUCAUAUGCGUGUUCCUGGAGAAGGACGAAAACAUCUACCGGCAACGCUUCCCCCAUUACUUCCCCGUCGCAUGACGGCAGCCCGCCGCCUACCCUGACCAGGACUGACUCGUCUGGGCCUACUGGACCGCGCUCCCAGCUCUAAGAAGUCGCGGAAGCCUGCAGCAGGGCCUGGCUUGGCCACCCUAUUCUUUCCCUCUGCCCCCUGCCCCCUGCCCCCUGAGCAGCCUCUAUUCUAAUAAAGACCACUACUAUUGCA